UUCGAUUUGGUGAUUUGGUUUGACCCAUCUCCUAAACCCCCCACCAAAACGUGAAGCUUCCACCUACUUUUGAAAUUUGAUAGACGGGUUCAGACUACAGACGGCCCCUCGGCGCCGUAGCCCCGCCAUUCCGCCAACUCCUCCAAAUAGCUAGAAGCGAUGAGAGAGAAAAUGGGAAAGAGAAGGUUGAUGGAGUGGGCGGCGUGUGGGUCACAUAUGUACGGGAUUCCCCGGAAGUUAACUAUAACAUCAGUCGGCACUUUCGCCAAGGCGGUGACGACACUUCUCAACACCACCACCGUUCACAACGGCGAAACCCUCCACCACUUCGUUCGAUCUCGCCCUCCCGGCGUUCCUCUCCUCACUGUCAGCAAUCAUAUGUCCACGGGAAGGAGCUCGGUUAAGAAAAUACAGUGUGAAAUUGUCAACAUUUUCAGGUUGGAUGAUCCGCUUAUGUGGGGAUUCAAGGGCUUUCCUAUAACAAAUGCCAAAUUGGCAAGAUGGGUACUUACUGCUGAAGAUAUAUGCUUUAAAAAUACAGUGAUGUCUUAUUUUUUCCGACUUGGAAAAUGCAUUCCUAUAACUAGAGGUGGUGGAAUAUAUCAGGAACACAUGAAUGAAGCUCUUGAGCGCUUAAGUGAUGGAGAAUGGCUGCAUACGUUUCCUGAAGGGAAAGUGUCUCAAGAGGAUGGUCCAAUAAGAAGAUUAAAAUGGGGAACUGCUAGUCUUAUUGUCCGUGCCCCAGUGACCCCGGUAGUUUUACCAAUUGUCCACCAUGGAUUCCACAAGGUCAUGCCAGAAGAUUACUUAUUUGGUAGACGACCACCAUUUCCUCUGGGCAGCAAGCAUGUAAAGAUUAUUGUUGGUGAGCCAAUAGAAUUUGACCUUCCCAGAUUGAGGGAUAUUGCAUUAUCAGAAUCACAUGAUGAGGAAUCGUCGCCUAGGCUUGGAUGGCCAAACAUCACACCUUAUGGAUUAGACGAAGUAGCUCAGAGAUAUCUCUACUCAAACAUAUCACAGAAGAUACAAACUGUCUUGGAGAACAUGCGUCAACAUGAGGAAACAAUCUCUUAACAAAGUGAUUGAGAUCCGUGAUGAAGCCACUUCUUCCCUGGAAGUUAUACACAUUCAACUGAACCAUUUUUUUAGGGUUCUAGUAAUAUCCAUUGGAAUUUCAUGGUUAUAUGGUCCCCAAAAAAAUAGGGGAUGAUGUCUUAGUUAUUUCUAUAAUCGUAUACGCCAGUGAUCUAUAAUGUGCUUAUAUUCAUCCCUCUACAAAUUGAAUUUUUUAGAAGAUGCUGAGCUAUCCAAUACGAGGUACUCCAUUUCACAUC